GCGUAGAGGACGACCAAGUACAUCAGUUCAUUGUCGGCAUUGAAGAUUCGGCUUCGGGACCAAGGAGGCUCGCGGGAAAAAGUAGACUUUUCCCCGCAAACAACCUCGCAUCGUGUUUAUUCGUUGUGAAAAUCGUUAAUAUUCAUCAGCUAUGAAGUUGUUGUGGGCUCUCGCUGCUCUACUUUUAUGCUGUUGGCGAGGCGACGCGUCCACAGGCCCACAAAUCAAUGUUGAACCUUCUGAGGUCAGCAACCGAACGUCUGCCAUUCUCACCUGCAACUUAACGGAUCCCACCCUUCCCAGUAAGGGUUCCUACUGGACACACAAUGAUAAAGUCAUUGAAAAGUCAAAGUCCUCUUCUUCUAACUUUGCUUCAUACAAUUUGGAGAAGAUCACCUAUCAGCAGUCUGGACGCUAUGAAUGUGUGUUUGAGACUGACCCACAAGUGAAGCAGGUCAUUGAGGUGAAAACACCUCCUCAUGUUGGAGCCUAUAAGCACUCGGAGCAUGGUAAUGAGAAUGACAAAAGUGUGCUCACUUGUGUUGCUCAUGGUUACCCUCUUCCCACUGAUUGGAUGUGGUAUAAAGAGGAGGGCAACGAACUAAAGGCUAUUGUUAAUGGCACUCAGAGAUAUGAGAUCAAGAGCACCCCUAACAAGACCAUGCUGACCAUUGAAGACCUGAACAUCGAGACCGACGGUGGAUACUACUUUUGCUCUGGAGACAAUAAUUAUGGCCAAAACAAGGACAAGAUCUAUCUCCGUGUCCGGAGUCGCCUGGCUGCCCUCUGGCCCUUCCUUGGCAUUGUGGCCGAGGUCAUCAUCCUCGUGACGGUCAUCUUCAUCUAUGAAAAGAGGAGAAAGCCCGAUGAUGUCACUGAUGACGAUGACUCAGGAGCUGCUCCUCUGAAGAGCAAUUCUUCUGCAAACCACAAGGAGAAGAAUGUGAGGCAAAGAAACGCAAAUUAAGAAAAUGAAGGAGAUGGAUGUCAAGUUGGCACUCCAGGAUUCAACUGUUGUGUGGCACAUUAUAUUGUGCAAUACAAUUUUUAAAGUACCUUUUUGUGCUUGAGUGUUAAUGUUUUAGAAGAAUAAUUUUCAGGUUUUUUUUUUUGUUUUUUUUUUUUGUUUUUUUUUUUCUUUCCUUUUUUAUGCUUAAUUUUUAACAUUGUGCAGCCAGGAUGUAGUGUGAAACAGCCCUUUCUGCUUGAGGCCAUAUGACAAAUAUUGCAUGAGUUUUAAAGCUGUUCUAGCCAAGCGUGUGGUGUAAAGAAUUACAUGAGAAUGCAUAGUUUUGUGAUCUUCAAGUUUUUUUUUUGUUUUUUUUUUAUGCUCAAGCUUCCUGCAUGGGCCUAUCAUAAAGCCACAUUUCAUUCUCUGAUUUGGAACACUCGCUUGUGAAGAAGCACAAUGUUUCUCUUGUACUUUUGAUCCAGAUCCUUGCCAUCCAUGGUUUAAAACAUACAAGUUUACUGGAAUUCAUGUUUGAUUUGUUGCAACCCUUCUAACGUUGCUUUGCAAAGUUUAUUACUUUGCCUUAAACUUCUUUUCAUGUGGGUUUUAUUUAUUUUAUUUUUUUUUCUUCCCUUCAUUCUUUUAAAACCUGAAAACAUUGGGUUAGAUUUGAGGCUUUAAAUUUAUCAUUCAAUGUGUGACAUUUUUUUUUUUUAUUUGUAUGUUUUUUUUAAAAAAAAAAAAAGAACAGCAUUUAGUAAUGUUGUUUUGUUUUUCCCUCAGAUUAAAAUUGGGGCACAUGUUGUUGCUCAGUUAACCACCCCAGUAUAAGAGGAUUAUUUUGGACCAAGUGCAAAAUAUUUUAAGUGUUGCACCAGUGCAAGGCAACAUCAGUAAUGUGCACGCAUUUUUCUUUUUUAAAAAAAAAAAAAAAGAAGAAAUACUACUGAAUUUCUUUUCCUCUUUGCUUCUUGUGAUCUGAAACAGUUAUCUGAUUGUUGAAUGGUUUUCUGUCCUCUUCACUGUGUAGAUAAUUCAGAAGCCAUAUAUUCCAUUUAACCUGAACAACGUGGUGAUUGAAUGUUACACUAGAGUUUCAAGAUUUAGCCAGAAUUGUGUAUAGUGCUGUACCUUCCAUCAACAUGGAAUACCAUCCUUUGUACAACUUGCACAAACUGAAAUAAAGAUAUUGAAAUUUAAAA